AUGUUGACCAACCGCCGCUCUACCAUGAUGCUCCCGCGUCAAAACACCAGCCCACAAAUUCGUCCUGAACCUGCGCAACUCGAGACUGAGCCGCAUUGCCGCACCUCUUCGGUUCUGACAGCCACAACGCCUACUCUUCCCGGGUACCGUAUCGUCAAGGUCCACGGCAUGGUGCACGGCCUUACUACUGUCGCGCGCAAAGACACGAAGACCUUCCUCAAGUCAAUGGGCAACAGCAGUGAAGCAAAGAGUCUCACGCACAUGAUCUACAACGCACGCGAUCAAGCCAGUGAGCGCAUGAUCAGGGACUGCAUCUCGCGGGGCGGCAACGCGAUCGUCGGCAUGGCCUUCGGUGAAAGUGAGGUUCUGGGCUUUGCGCAAAUUAGCGUCUACGGUACGGCGGUAUACAUCGAGAAAGAGAAAGCAUGA